CCAUUCAAACUCUUGAAAACCAACAACAAUGGAGUCUAUAACUAUUCAUUCUUCCUCCAUCAUCAUUCCUAACCUCCCAACUCCCAAUCUCACACUUCCAUUAUCGGAAGCUGACCAAUUUAGGGCAUGGACUCACAUCUCAACCGUCUACGUCUACAAAUCCCCCAACACAGUCGUCGUUGUUGAUUCCUUAAAAAGCUCCCUUAGCCAAAUCCUUGUACCUUACUACCCUUUCGCUGGGCGCCUCCGCUUGAUCGUUGGCGGUCGACUCGAGCUCCACUGUUGUGCUGCAGGUGUCGUGUUCAUCGAAGCUUCUUAUGGUGGCACACUCGAUGAUUACAGUGACUUCACACCCUCUGAUGUUGUACGAAAACUCACUCCUGAGGUAGAUUAUAAUUCACCAAUGGAAGAUGUACCAAUGUUUCUUGUUCAAGUGACGAGAUUCAAUUGUGGUGGACUUGUUAUUGGCCUCAACGUUUCUCACACUCUUGUCGAUGGGGUCUCUGCCAUUAUGUUCAUCAACUCGUGGGCCAGCAUUGCACGAGGAGAGAAGACGGCAGAGAGUAUUUUGCAACCAUCGCAUGAUCGAAAUGUUCUUCAAGCACAAAAACCAUUUUGCACGCCACGAUUCUACCACUGUGAAUACGACGUAUUGCCAUUCCUCAUAGGUUGCUCCGACUCUGAGGAGGAGAAGAUGAAAGAAACCAAAUCCACAUUGUUGAAACUUACCAGGGAGCAAGUUGAGAAGCUAAGAACAAGAGCAAAUUCUUCAAAUCCAACUAAUCGAAACAUCGAUAAAGUGGUAGAUGUCGUCAAUGAAGAACUACUGCAACCACGUCCAUACAGUCGAUAUGAAUCUAUCACGGGGCACAUAUGGGUGUGUGCGAGCAAAGCCCGUAACAUCAACGAUGACAAAAGCAAACAAUCAACGUUGGUUCAGAUAGUUGUCAACGUAAGACAACGGCUUAGGAAACCCAUCCCCAAAAACUUUUGUGGAAAUGCUGCCUUGAUUAGCAUAACUCCACAGUGCAAGUUUGGGGAGUUAAAGUCUCAACCAUUAAGCUAUGCAGCUAAAAGGAUAAGAGAAGCAUCAUGGAAGAUGACUGAUGAAUAUGUGACGUCAGCGAUAGACUUUCUAGCAACACAAGAGGACACUAUUCGAGUUAAAGGUACAUUCUGGGGCAACCCGAAUCUAUCAAUAGUGUCUUGGAUGUCGAUGCCAAUAUAUGACGCAGAUUUCGGGUGGGGAUACCCAGAUUAUGUUGGACCAUCAAUAUUAGAUAAUGAUGGGAAGGCGUUCAUCAUGUUAGGGCCAAACAACGAUGGUUCGAUCAUCAUAGUAAUACGGUUGCAGAUGAAGUAUAUGGAGGAUUUCAAAAAGUUCUUCUAUGAAGAUCUUUGAAAAUGGUUUGAAAAAUAGCUCUAGUUUUAAAAAUUGAUAUUUAAAAUAUUACUCUAGGAUCACCUUUUAUAAACAUUUCAAAACAUACUUUUGAAAUAAAAAUUUGUUAGAAUUAUAAAAAGUGAGUUUGUGUUGACUUAGAAAUAAAACUAAUUAGAGCACUCUCAUGUCA